AUGGCUACCUUUCCGGCCCCUGGCCCCAGGGUAAAGAAUUCCAAUGGAAUGGAACCAGAAGGCCUGAAGAGGUGUCUGAAAGAAGUGGACAAUGACAAAUUAAAUGGUAAAGUGUUGGCUACUGACAGACACAGGACAAUCAGCAGUAUGAUGGACAAGAACUAUAAGAAGAUUGAUCAUCAGUACGAUAUGUGGCACGUGGCAAUGAGCAUCGUUAAAAAGCUGGCAGAAAGCAAAGAAGAUUGUGCUGAACUAGGGCCCUGGAUACAAAGCAUAUCCAAUCAUUUGUGGUGGUCUGCCAACAAAAUGCUCCACAAGUGUGACCAUCCACCUUUGUCAGCCAUGGAGCAGAAAACAACGCGGUGGCUGAAGCCGAAAUCAAAAGCAUUCACAGCCCUGCAAGAAAUUGCAACAAACACCAGUCUGCUGAAAUAUUUUAAAAAGAUGACAAAAUUUUGUCAUAGUGGGGUUCUAGAAAGGUUCCAUAGUAUGCUGCUUAAAUUCUGCCCAAAGAGACAGUACUUCCCGUAUGAUGGUAAUAACUAG